GCGUAAACGACGAGAUUUAAUAAAGUUAAAUAACAGAACUAACCGCAAAUUGUACUGAUAUUUUAUUGUUCUUAUUGGAAGACAUAUUUCUUAUUCACAAGUUUAGUGCAAAAUAUUUGCUCAAAUUGAAUGUGCACCGACAUAAUUCAGCAUCAGGAAAACUUCAACCAAGGUGCUCUAGUGUUAGUUCGAAAUUGUGCGAAAAGGAUGCGCCUAUACCAAUUGUUCUUAUGAAUGAAAAAUUAAUUGAAGAAAAGUAGAAAAACAGUAGUUAAAAGCUGUUUGAAAGAAUCCGUGUCUGGAAAAGUCGGAUUUUCCGAAGGGCCGUCCUCGGUAAGGAGUGUCUCGCCUGGAGAAAAAAUCCUAGUUGGCAAAGCCAGAACACUCACACAGUGAAGAUUCGCAGCAGCUGCCAUUAUAAAUCGCACUCUUUCGGGCCGCAGCGGUUGGCCAAACACCAGUCUAGAAGUAAAAGGUGAAGGGCCUUUUCUGAUAUAAAGUUGUAUUUACUCACGGAUCGGCCGCUUUUGAUUGUGACUUUUGCAGAUACUCUCGCUUUGCUUCUCUGGAGAAAAUCAAACCAAAAAAGUGUUAGUUGGAGGCGUGUGUUGGUCUCUACAUCAUUUUCAUCUUGCCUCUGCACCGCGCUUCACCUUGCAAAUGUAAACAACAACAAAUCCGCAGUCGGGAAAUGCGUGUGUGAGUGCGGUAUGCUGCUGUCGCUGUUGGUCGAUUCGAUUGCGGAUGGAGGAAAAGCGAGUGGUUUCUUAUGUUAAUUUCUGAUAUGUGCUGUUUUAUUUGGUGAACCAUUGAAAAGUAAUUAGCCGAAGUGUACCUACUAUACAUGAUUGUGAUGAAGAUUGAGGAAAUUUGAGUGUGAAUCGAACUUGCGGCAAACCAGAAGUUCGCGUCGUCAGUGUUGCGCAAAUUGGUCUGGUGCAUAUUUAAGUCUUCGUUGGAUAAUAAAAUUCAUUGAUCGUUUGCAGUACGCGAAGUGUAUGCCAACGUAAUUGUACAACCUGCAGUGGAAUGGGCCUAAAGCCGCUUUUUUCUCCAUGUAUGUAGCUAAAAGUGAAGGUGGCGGAUAAAGAUAAUUGAGAUAGUUGAUCUGAUCCGUUGAAUAUACGGAAUUGUACUUUCGACCAGACAGCUUCCGGUAACUAGCACGCGUGAGGUGUUGAAAUCAGUAAGCGUGGAAAGCAGGCUCACGGAAGGAAGGACGGAGCCUUGUAAUCAUUGCUCGUUUCGUAAUCAAAGUAAGCGAUAUCGGAAGCAGCAAAAUUGCAAUAAUGUAAACAAUGGGUGGUUUGUUGUGUUGUGUUUGGCCUCUAAGCGAUGAAGAGCGUGUCUAGUUCGUGUUUCUGAACCUGCGAAAAACAGGCCAAAAUGAGCCCAAGUGUGUAGAUUCGUGCACGUACGGGGAAGGCUGCAGCAAAUGUUUUACGCCGUGGGUUUUUCCAACCAGUUGAUGUGUCAGCUGUUGCCGGCUAGCGGCGGAGGUGCAGUUUCUGGCGUGCAGUAAUAUAGCUAGUGGUCCCCAAAACAACGGAGACAUUGUGCCGAACAAUCGCAAUGAUGACGUCCCGAUAAACGAUGACCCUUUUGUGGAGAAUCGAACGAAGUCGAUAAACGAUUCGGUGAGAAACCGUUUUAUUGGAUAAUCGAACGAGGAAUCAGACAAACCGGAGUGCUGUCAACUUCAUUUUGCGCUCGUCAGCCACCGGUCGCUUCAUUUCGGGAGGUUUCGGUAAUUUGUGAAAUCUCGCCGCAAGAUGGACAAAUCAGCAUCCGGAGGUCCAUCGGGGCCUAAAGUCUCUCAAAUAGCCAACCUGUUCCAGCGCAAACCAGUGGAACUAGCUCAGGACCCUGGCAAGGAUUUGUCGGGUAAUCAGCCAUCUCCAACCGCGACCGUGGUGCGAACAGAGUCCCACGCAGCCCGUUUUAAUAACGCUCGAGCCUUGUUUGAAAAAUUGGGCGAAGGACGUGUCAAUAGGCCUCCGCCAUUCAGUAUUAAAAUGUCACAUUCCAAUAGCAAAGAGGACAAUCUGUCGGAGGUAGGUUCCGAACAGGAUCGAUCUCCUUCCCCGAAAAGGAAACAUCAUCCCAUUACCAACGGUAUUGGCAAGCUUGAUUCCAAUAGAAUAUUGAACCAAUCACGGUUAAAGUCUGAAAAGCCGGAAAAACCCGAAAAACCUGAAAGGAAGUUCAACUCCAGGGAGUUGAUCGAAAAGCAGAAAAAUUGGACAUCACACUUUUCGAAGACGCGAACAACGAAAGGUUCCGGCGAUUUCAAUCGAUGUGACAUUAUACGAACCGUUCCCGGAACAGGGAUUAUCGCCAGUGCAGGAACACCGGCCAAUUGCAGUGGUACUUCAGUAAGCCAUAUUACCAACGGAAGCAGUAAUGUGCAAAUACCCAAAGAAUCUAACAAUCAACGACAAGAGAUUCACCACCCACCGGUUCCUGCACCCCACAGAAUACAGUCACCCAGUGAUCCUCCACCUAGUCCUCCAAAAAGACAGACUCCUCCACCGCCACCGCCGGAGAAGGGACCUAGAAACAUUCGUCAGAGUUCAUUCCCAUCACCAACGAAAAUUCCUCCUGCAGUUCCUCCUCACGCAACCGAUCCAAGUUCGCUGAGCCCCACGAAAAUUAGCCCAGAAAAGCUCAAAUCUCCUCCUCGCCAAGCUGAACCUCCUCCGGUAGCGGUACCCACUACUGCAACAUUACCUCCGGUUGCACCAAUUCGGAAUAAAUCGGAUGAACCACCGGAGAAGGGCGCCCGCAAGAAAUCUCUCGAAACCACUUUGGACGAACAACCAACGGCAAAAUCGUUCAAAUAUCCCGAACUGGGUGGCCUUCGGAGACAAUCGACUGAAAAGGAUAGCGGUGCGAGCGGGCUCACCUCGCCUGCACACGCCAUCAGCUCGUCCCCCAGUCCUGGGGCCAGUGCCAGUUCGGGCCCAUCGUCUCCGAUUCAUACCGAGGACGAGAAGCAGGAAAGCGAACCGACGGAAAAGGCAGCUGACACCACCGGUGCUGACAGCAGCAAGCUGGACGAAGAUGAAGGCGUCGCGGCAGAGGAAAAAAGCAGAAAAUCCUCCCGUUCCGAAGAAACCGAUACCGGCCAGCAUGUCACCCGGCGGAAAAAAGUUUCGAGCAUCUGCUUCGAGAUGCCGGCCGCCGGUCUCGGUGCCCGUCCACCAAGCAUUAUUAGCAGCAGUACCACCACCGACGAGGGUGGUUUCAACGAGCCAUCACCGGAGAUCAAAGCCAAGCUAAAGCCGGCUUACGAUUUCGAUUCCAUUGCACCGGAGCUGCCAGCUUCUCCUCCUCGGCGGUCGUCUAGUGCUGCGAUCAAUGGGGCCGGUAGUGCAUCGCAGCCACAGUCGAUAUGCGAUGUCGUGGAGCCACUGAUAGGCACACAGGAAGAACAGCUCAACUAUGUCGAUCUCGGGUACCGAUUACGGCCGGAUGGUACGGAGUGCGACGAGAUCUAUGGCGAAAUGGAGGACUAUCGAAGUGCCAAUAGCAGCAGUAUUAUCUCUAAUAAUCAAUCAGCGUUAGACUUAGACCACGGUACAAGCGUAGAAAGUAGGAAUGCUAUUAACAAUUUUCGAUCUCAUUAUAAUACUAACAACAAUCGAGGCCUGGUGGCCGACGAUGUGCCAACGAAGGAAGCGGAUCGGGCCCUCUAUGCAUCAAUUGUUCCGACCGCAUCCGGAGAUUCAUCCUCGACCAUUACCACCAGCAGUGAGCUGGCUUUCAUGGACGUGGAAAAAGAUGAGGCUAAAAUCUUAGACUAUGACGAGCUCAGUGAGGGCGAAAAAGGAUACCAUAGUCCGCAGACGAUUCUCGAUCCGACACGACCGACAUUAACGGAGUACGAAGAUGAUUAUAGCAACAAAACACUGCCAGAUCCGCCCUCGCUGGCAUCCAUGCGUCCUCCACCAAUUCCUGAAGGGCCGCCGCUGGACUUACAGGAUGUACAAUACGCGGAUGCCAGUGACAACGAACACGACAGCUUAGUACUGCCCGACGAGAUGACGGCGGACGAAGCAGAACGGCUACUUAGUUCUAGUAUUUUGGAAUACAAAAUAAGACAACAACCGCUCCUUUCCGAUGAACAAGCCCGAGAAGUAGAACAGAUUUUGCUCAACAACAAAGCCAAAGCCGAAACAGAGAAACAACAGAAGCGUCAAGUUCCGCCGCCGCUACCACCUCCCCUAGAUACCACCAACGAACAAACGCCCCCGUUGUCCCCGCCCGAUUCGGCAAAUUCGGUACCUCCAGCUCCUCCACCCAACGCAGAUGAACCGGACUGGUUGCAGGAUGUUUUGGAAGCGCCCAAAACAGCUACAACCCGAGAAAAGCCUCCUCCUCCGCCGCCGCCACAUGCUCCCACUGCUACCAAUGGCACCAAUGGUCAACUGAAUGGCAGCGCCAACACAUUACCGGAACCACCGGUACCGCCAAGUCGUAAUAAUUCCACUAGUCAGAUCGAGGAAACCAGCCUUGGUAACAACACGACCGAUUUGCUCAAUCAAACCAUUCUCGAUUCAUCGUCCAUCCUACAAGACUCAUACGUGUCGGCAGACUCCUCAAUGCCAAGUGUAACCACCUCCGAUAGUUUCAAUCUGAGCAAUAAUAAACCAGAGGAAGAACAGCAAACGAACGAUGCCGAAGCCGAUGUGUCCGGCGAUGAAAGCAACAAUUCCGGCUUUCUUGUUCCGGAGUAUCCGCCCGUGAAGAGCAAGGAGGUAUUCGUCAACCAGGACGGUGUACACUUCUACGAAGAUGGCAACUUUUGGAUGGAAGUUCCCGGUCUGCUGGAUUCAGAUCGUGACGACGACGAGGAGGACUGUCGGGUUAUCAAGAAGAGUACGAAGGUGAAGUUUAGCACGAAACCGAUGCAAGUAUUCUCGACCUUCUCGGUUAACGAUUACGAUCGGCGGAAUGAGGAUGUCGAUCCGGUGGCCGCGUCUGCGGAGUAUGAACUGGAAAAGCGCGUCGAGAAGAUGGAUGUUUUCCCGGUCGAGUUGAUGAAAGGCCCCGAGGGCCUGGGGCUGAGUAUUAUUGGGAUGGGAGUGGGUGCUGAUGCCGGUUUGGAAAAGCUUGGAAUUUUCGUCAAGACUAUUACAGACAACGGGGCAGCUGCCCGGGAUGGAAGAAUACAGGUCAAUGAUCAGAUCAUUGAAGUCGAUGGAAAAAGUCUAGUCGGUGUUACGCAGGCCUACGCUGCCUCCGUACUGCGUAACACAUCCGGUUUGGUGCGGUUCCAAAUCGGACGAGAGCGUGAUCCGGAAAAUUCCGAAGUAGCGCAACUUAUAAGGCAAAGCCUUCAAGCGGACCGCGAGAAAGAGGAGCGUGUCAAGCGACAGUUGGAGGAUUACCUCCGACGUAAUACGGAGAUCUCGGAAGAUUCUACACUGCCGGUCUCGGCCAACUCUAGCGUGUCGGAGGGACCGGUCAGUCCUACGGCGGCGCAAGCCGAAUCGCUUUUCGAAACGGAAGCGGCACGUUCCAGCGAUGUAGAAUCGCUGCGGAGGAUUCUGCAAGAGAAUCUUAAAACCAUUGCACUGCAUGAGGGCGAUAUCCUAAGUCUCAAGCAACAGCUCAUCAAGUACCAGCAGAGUUGCAAUGAGGCCGAACUGCUAGCGGAACGGAUGAAACAAACGGAACGGGAAUUAGCCAACAUCAAGAAGGAAGCCAAUAACUACCAAAACAUGCUCCAGCAAAGUCAAACCCAAUAUGCAGCUUUGGAGAAAAAGUACGGUCGAGUCAAGAAGAUUUUGCGCGACUAUCAGCACCGCGAGCGGGAUAUGAUCCAAUUCCAAGAAUACUACCUCCAGCACCUACAGGAGAAGGACACCGAGUAUAACGCGUUGGUCAAAAAACUGAAGGACCGAGUCAUCCACCUGGAACAGGAACUGCAGGAAACCCAGCGCAAAGCUGGAUUCCCGGUAAUUCUGCCCUAUGACAGUACCAGCUUAAAGCUGACGCCACAAAUGACUCGCAAACAGCCGCCCAAACCGGUAUUCCAAAAACUCGAAACCGAGCUGUCCGAUACCGAGUUCUCCGAUCUCUCACCGGAUGGUGAAGGCGAAGACGGCAAGACGGCCACUGUCGAGAGGAAACUGCCUGUUCAGAAGGACGACGAGUUGGAUACAGCGGUUCCACAGCAUGAACUGCUGGAUAAUUCGCUUAACAAGGGCAAGAGUGAUCUAGUAGCGCGUGGAGGAUUGGCCAAGCGUCUGCCAGGUAAGAAGAGCCACAGCAACAGCGGAUCGGAUUGCGCACUCGACGAAAGCGAAGAGGAAAUCACCGACUCCACCUCGGUGUCCCACGAGUACACCGGACUGUACAGUACUCCUCAGAUCAUCAACCGACAGUUGAACAACAUCAAAAAUGGAAACCAAGAGAACGCAGGUCUUCCUGUCUACGCACAGGUAAACAAAGAACGCAGUGACCACCAUCACAAUUUAGCACAGACACAGCAUUCUACCAUCCCAAAUAUCUACCGCAAUACUUCAGCGGAUAACAAGCUGAACUCAAGUUACGGUUCCGAUUUGAAUGCUUCCUCAUAUGAUAGUGAUCUUGGUUCUUCGACCGAUAAGCUGAAGGACAGUGGUGUCUCGAGUGAAAGCUGGAUGUAUCCGUCCAGAAGGCCUAAGGGAUUAAAGGGUAUAACACCUCCCAUGCUCGCAGAACAGCUCAAGGAACGACUUGCCGAACGUCGAACAUUGGAUGAUGGUUCGUCACGGGACUCCAGUGAUGAUUACUCCGAAAUCAACCAACGUCACGUCAGUCCAGCCGCUUCGUUAUCGCAGAAUUUGCUAGUCGAAAUCAAAAAAGCAGUAAAUGAGGCCCAGCCAAAAGUGAAAAACAUUCUUCCACAAAAUCUGUCUCCUCCAGGAAGUAGCAGCCCGUGGCAGCAGCAGCAACCAACGGCCGCCGGCCAGCAGGGUGGAACCGGUUCGCAAGGCCCUCCGUCGCCGUCCAGCGUCAGCAGUGGUUCCACCUCGCCGGGAGCGUAUUCACCCAGCCGCACGCUGGAUCUGUCCGGGUCGACGUCCAGCUUCUCGAGCGACCGGCUCAGGGAUUCACACCAGUGGAAGAGUGGCCCCGUUGAGGAAUGGUCCAACGAGCAGGUCUGCCAGUGGCUGCUGGGAAUCGGCCUCGAGCAUCACAUUCCGGCCUUUGUGAAGCACUCGGUCGAGGGCGGAGCUCUGUUGCAGCUGGAAAAGCCGGACUUUAAAAUUUUGGCCGUCGGUGGCGAAGAUAAGAAGCAUCUGAAGCGUAACAUCAAGGAGCUUCGACGCCUCAACGAGAAGGAACGCAAACAAAACGAGAAGGAACGGCGGGAACGCGAGAAGCAGAUUAAAAAGGCCGAGAAAAAAGCGGAAAAAGAUCAGAAGCAGCAAAAGAAGAAGUAAAAGGAUGGAUGGAUAUGAAUAAAGCAGCAGGACUAGAAAAGGGUGACUUUACACGUGUGCAUUUAUCUCAGCAUAGAUACAAAACUAAAACAUCAAAUACAUUACUAAAUUUUAUAUAUAUUGUAUAACGACGCAGUGGUGAGAACUUUUGAACUAGUUUGCUCCACCAUGAACAGGAACUAAAUUCUAGCUUGUAGUAGAAACUUAGUCGAUUGAGUCUUUUGUUUGAUAUUUUCAUAUUUUUGUUUAAAUUAUUUUACAACAAAUUUGUUUGUUAGAUAGUUUGUUUAUAUAGCAGUAAAUAGAGAAGUUUUUUGAAUUUUACAAAACAGCAUAUUAUUAGGUGUGAACCGAGAAGCAAACACAAUAAUUAGUUAGUAGAUACCGUCCCGAAAAAGAGUUGCCACAGGCAACUCCAAGGUUGGAUAGGGUACAGAGAUUGUCUCGUUUUACUGUACAUUACAUAGGAUUAGCCUAGCGUUUAUUGAUCAAUCGUUUUCGUUUACCUUCGGUAGCCUCUUAUUAGAGGGGAUUGCUUUUCGUUUGAUUUGUGUGUGAGCUUAAAUUAUUAAUUAUUUUCGAUAACACACUCAACAGCAAAAACACUCUCGUCUGCAUUCCGCUAGGAAGUGCGGUGGCCAUUUAUCGUUUUUAAUGCAGUCUAGUAGCAAUUUUAAGUAGACUCUGCGAUUAGUAGUUAAAUGCUACACACAAGAACUGUAGAAUUCUAGAAUUUGUACUAAAUAAACAAACUUGUUAGAAGUGUAUUUGAUAAGUGGAAAACUAAAAAUCACAUGUAGUUAUGUUUUUACACAAUCGAUUAAAAAUUGAAGAAAAUACAGCUCAUGUCACUGUACAGUUUCCUUCAGUGUGUAGCGUGUAAUAUUGAGAACCGUACAGUAAACUAUUAUCAGUGUCAAAAAAAGUAUUCCAAUCAUUGAGAAGAAAGGAAGAUUUACAACGGAACUGGCUAACGAAGAGACUUAUUUUGAAAAUAGCGAAGCAAGCUAAGGAAGUGCCAUGGACACCCAUUACUGCACCGCACUGCACUGGAGGACCAUGCGGACCGAUCUGGCUUGUUUUAUGCUGAGCAUGUAGCACUAUCUUAGCUAUGCAGCAGCUGAACGACACACGGAGGCGAGAAAGCAAAAAUUAUAAAAUAUUACAAGCUAUUAGGUGGUAAGGCUGUCAAAAAAAACAACACAGCGUAUCUGCAACUUACGCGUAAAAUGUAAUGUAUUUAUUAUUUAUACUGUAGAAAUGCUAAAAUAACCUGUAACAAAAUUCAAAUUGAAACCAAACUAUUCAAAGCAACACACAAAAUA